UUAUACUAUAUGAUAUAUAUAUAUAUAUUAAUAAAAAUGUAUUUAAACAUAGUUAUGAAAUAGAAUAUGAACAUUAUAAUGUAUUCUAGUCCACUCUCUUCGGUUUCUUUGUUUCUUUUAGAUAUGAAUGAAAAAAUGCGUUUUACUGCUAUGAAGUUAUGAAGUUACUUAUUCUAGGAAUUUUGUCAUGCUGGUUGAAUUGUUUGGGGAUAUAUUAAAAGCGGUUACAUGGACGUUCAAAAUAUCUAAUAAGUUCUGCCAAGUUCUGCAAAAAAUACAGAGGAACUAAUAUCAGUAUUAUAUGAUGUGUUCUAAUUAUUUUGAGAAGAUUACAUUUCAAGCUCGGCAACUUGACGAUGGUAUUGAAAAAUUAACUGAGACAUGGAGACGGCCACAAGUUAUAAUCGGACGCUUUGCAGAAUGUACCGAAGAAACAAAUUCUCACAUUGAAGCAGUAUGGAAUAUUAUAAAAAAUACACAGGGGGGAAUACAGAAAAUUUUAUCAGAAAGGAAAGAAUUCGAAUCACUGAAUUCAGUAUCUAUGGAACAGUUUCUCAAAGAAACAAAACAGACAUAUGAAUUAUUAAAAGAACAGAGUGAUAGCUUGGAGACUGUCUUAGCAGAAUAUGGUUAUCAUUAUGAAAAUGACUCUUCAAAAAAAAUAAGUAUGAAUAAUAGCAGCAUGUCUAAUGAGUACAUAUCAAAUGACAUGAAACAUUUACAAAUUGAAGUUACUCCCAAUGUUGAUUCGCAUUACAAAGCAAAACGCGAGUAUCUAACAACACUGUCAUCAAAUGGCAGUUAUAUAUCACAAUCACUGGCAACACCUGUAGAUAAUAAUUUAACAUUAUUCUCAGCAAGUACUCCUAUGACUAAUAAGGAUUAUACGUGUACUUCAUUUAGAGAACGCCCAGAAGAACCAAUUUAUUCUACACACUUUUACAACAUACUCAAGAAAUGAAUUUAGGAGUGGUGUGUUUUUUACAUUACAUUCUGUACAAUCUAUAAAUAAUUCUAUAUAUUUUUUAUUAACAUUUUUAUAAAUUCAUUUGUUAAAUAUUUUUACUUAAUAUACUAAUAUACCAUAAUAUAACCAUAAUAUACUGAUAUACCAUAUUUUAAUAUAACCGUAAAUUAAGAUUCAUCAAAAAUGUGUAAUAACUUUAUAAACUUAAAAGAUGUAACAAAAUUUAAAAAUAGAAAGAGAAUUAGCUACAACUAGAACAAGAUAUGUAAUUAGAAUUCCAUUGCAAAUUAUAGGAUAAGAAUAUGUGCAUACAAGUCUGUUCUCACAUAUUCAAAGCGUGAUUAAACUGUACAUAAAUUAAUUUAGAAAAUUCUAACUCUAGUGUUUCUGGUAAUAUUUUCUAGAUGUACUGAUAAUAUAUUUAUUUAUUACAAACGGUUUAGUAUAUAACAGUAUAUGUUGUAUCACAUUGCGAGUUCUACAGUAUAUGAUCAUAUAUUAUGCAAAUUAGUAGUAAAAUUUUGAUAUGAACAAUAUAAUGUACAACAUAUUAUAUACUAAAUUCUUGUACGUACGUAACAAUUGAUACAAAAAAAGCAACUGUACCAUUUAUUCUAAUAGAAUUUUUGUUAAAAAAAGUUACAUAUUCGUUUUUCUAACUUUACUUUAAAUAUCACACUAUUAUAAAACCACUUCACAGACUUCAAUGAAAUGCUCAAAUACAAAACAGAUUAAAAAUUUGUACGGAAUGUUCUUUAAACCUCGGUUUCAUAGUUAAUGCAGAACAUAACCUACAUUUGUACUAUUUCUAGAAAAUUAGUAAAAUUGCCAUACCACCGUUCCUUUGAAGAAAACACAAAUUUAUUUUAGAACAUUCCAAGGAACAUUUUUAUGUCAAGUAUAUUUGUGUAUAAAAAAAGAAUGUAAGGAAAUUUAUACUAAUAUAUUCACUUACGUGUUUGCAUUUACGAGACUACAUAUACCGUUGGUUAAUGUAUUAAUAUAGUAUAUUUUGCAUAUCUAUUAUCUAAAAAUGUAUAGUUACAAUUCGUCUCAUAACAGUAAUUAUCUAUACACGUUAAAAAGAGGCUUUAAUCUCUUUUAUGCAAUGUCUAUAGCAUUUUUAUUGUCUGAAAUUUAUGUUAUCUAUCAAAUAAACUAAAUAAACCUUGCUUUUAUGAUUUUGUUCUCCCAUAGAUGUUAUGCUAUGGAAAUUAAAAGCUUAAUAUUCACGAUAUGUACG